AUUAUGCAGAAAUUUAAAAAAAAUUGCAUAAAAAUUUGGAAAAUUAAACUUAAAAAAACUUUGAGAAAAAGUUUCGAUCUCUUAUAAAUCGAAAGAACCAAACACUCAAUCAUUAAAAAAUCUUACCCGGAGUACGCGCGCAAGCCCGCGUCGUCAACGAGAGCUUCCGUUUCCCGGACGACGGGAAGACACCGUGGGAGCACAACAAUCGACCAAGUCGAGCCGAGCCGAGCCAAGCCGUGGACGAGGAUUCGCUGUCGUGAGGAAGAUGUCGUACGUCGAGCAGCCGUCACUCGGGCGGGAGAUCGCGGUGCCGGCCAGGUUGCCGAUGAUCCUGAAGCAGUUCUGCAAGGCCGCGAUACGCACGCAGCCUUACGAUCUGCUCAAGUGGUCCGGCUCGUACUUCCGCGCGCUAGCUGACGGCGAGGAGCCGCCGGUCAAAUCGCGGCUCGAGUACCCGCCGUCGAGUACGGCCUCCGGCCUGACCCUGGGUUUCCUCAGGGUGCUGCUGCGACAGUUCGGAAAUUAUAACAAGACACUGCCGAUCGAGAUAAUUUCACGUCACUGGGAGUGUCUCUGCCUGGACCGCAGGGACCUCGAUACGAUCCUCGCGAUCGGGGGAUUCCGUCGCACCUGCCAGGUAAAGAAGUUCCUCGCCAUAGCGGUCGGUUUGCUCGGCGCCAAUCUCACCGAAACGAUGAUUAUGAUUUGCCAGUUGUUCAGCCAUGAGCCAGACGGCGGAUCCGCGAUGAUUCCGCUCACUUUGUUUAUAGAGAUAUAUGAGUAUUUAGCGGGACUUGCGUGCGAUGGCGAGAAAGACAUAUUCGAUCAAGGCACAACGGAGCGUACGUGUAAAGAAAGUUCUGUCGAUCACACUUGCUCCAUAAACAGUCAAGAUACCGACGUGGACAUUAAUCUGGAUUCGGAAUUGAUGUCGAAGGAGGAGGUCGAUCUGUCGAAGACCGAUUUGUCGACGGAACCGAUAGAGAACAGUUCACUCGAAAGAGAAGCUACUACCAAUGAAGAAAACGAAAAUGAAUCUCUGACUAGUCAAAAAGACGGCAAAGAUACGAUUGGUAAGAAAUUCUGCGGGGUGAAAGACGUUAAUAGUGAUGGAAACCUAUCCUCUGGAGUAGAGAAACAUACGAAAAUUACGUAUUAUCCAAAUGUGCCAG